UAAGCAAAGUGACGGAUUUAGCAAAAAAAAUGAAAUAGAAGUAAGUUAGAUACACAUUGUACCAUUCAAUAUUCCAUUAAUAAAGUUUCAAUGAACUCAAAAUGGAUUAUAUUUUCACCAAAUGUAAAUAAACAACUUCAAUAUAACUGGGCUAGUCAAUAGAAAAAUAAGAUAAGGAAUAAAUUCAGGAUGUGCUCAUGAACCUGCAGUUGGAAAAUAUGCAACAGACACCAGAAAAAUGAAGAAGACUAAACAGCAAACCUAGAUAUUAAUCAGGCAGACAUGGCAGUCCUAAAUCUUUGAUAAAACUAAUAUAUGAACUGCUUUGAAUAUUUUAUUCAAAACAGUAACGCACAAUCUUGCAAAUAUGCGGGACAGUGGAGAAACAAUAACCGAGAACACCAGAGCACCACCUCCAUUCAAACUGGAAAGGGAGGUCACUCUGAUGCCCAAUGAGUUUAGGGAACGAAUGUCCGCAAGACAUAAGAGCCGUAAGUCAAGCGCAGCUAGGUCGGAAAUAAAAGUAAGCCAUUCUUCUAAACCAGCCACUGGAAAACUAAGAUAUUCAACAGAGAACUCCUACAUGUCAAACAAUACGCAGGAUUUCGAUGCAAGUCCUUCUUCUCGCAAAGAAACUAACCAUGUUAAAACAGUGAAAAUUCCUAAAGAGCAACAAGAAAGUAUGUUGUCUCCGAAUGACAGUUUUUUAAAUGACGACAACAACAACCAAGGAGAAUUAAAAAGCACUUCUUGUCAUAUUGCUCUAACUGGUGACAUUAAAUUUAUGUUAGAUAAUGCAUAUGCAAAUUAUGAAUCUGAGGGAGGAUUCACUGUUAAAACUCCUCCUCAGAAUAUGCAAAUUAAGGAUCUAAUGAUCCCACUGGAUGAAUGGAAUAACAAAGACACAGUUCAAGAAAAGAAAUACACUGUGUUGCCCUCUAUCAAACAUAAAACGUCCAACUCAAGUUCCGACGAUACUGAAAGUGUCGCUAAUUCAAACAGAACCUCUUCUGGAUUUUCGUUUAAUAAUCAGCUGGAUUUUUUUAGGGAUAGAAUAGAACAAGAUGCUGAUUUCUUUGCUGAUUUUAGGGUUAAUACAAGUAAGGUGAAAGCUACUCCGCGUCAGGACCCCCUACCACCAAUAAAGCAUGGUACGAAGGAAAGUAAAUCUUCCAGAACAAGUGCUCACAAAACAUCAAAGGUGUCCAAUAAAAUCUUUUCUGACAGAAGUGAAAAGAAUGGACAUCUUUUGUGAAUGAUUAAACAUGUAUAAAAUACUGUACUUGUGUUUUAAAUACAAGAUAUGUUUUAACAUGACAACUGAGGAACAAAUAUUUCAUUUUAAGCAUUCAGAUGUUUAGUUUCUGCUAUUUAUAGAACUGUUAUGUCUGAAUAGCUAGACCUUAAUGGCAAACAAAAAUAGCAAAACUUGGCUGUAGACAUUAAUGCCCCAAAAGCCAUGAACUUUUUACAGUUCAGAGUAUGCUGACAUUUGGUAAUCAGUAACACAUAAUCAUAUACAAUGUAGUUUCAAGUUUUUCAUAAAUUGAAAUAAAAAUAAAUUUCUUCUUCA